AUGUCAUUUGCGCCUGAGUCUGAUGGCAAGUCUAAAACGAGGGAACCGGACCAUGAUUAUAAAGAGAAAGGACGUGUAUUUCAACAAAAUACAGGAAAGAUCCAUCCAUCGACUGAAUCGAGAAAUGGAAGUCAGAAGACGAGCAAAGUGUCUGAUGGGAAGUGUAAUACAAAAAAACCGGACCGUGAUGCUGAAAUAUACAAAAAGUUGAAGAGACUUUUUUCUCCUGAACCAGACACGGAUCAUGAAUCUAAUAUAGUGAACGGACGACAGUUGCAGGAGACAAGGAACAGACACCUGGAAAAGGACAGUGGUAGACUUCAGACAACGGGAGUUAGAUCCUCAGUUUCUUCUGGAGUCGAGAGGCCCCUACACAAAGCCAAAUCAAAUUCAGAAAGAAGAGCAGACCGUGAUGCUGAAAUUCACAAAAAGUUGAAAAGACUAUUUUCUCCUGAACCGGAAAAAGAAGGCGCUAGUGUUCGGCUUGAGAAAAAAGAGGAUCGAUCAUCGAUGUCAUUUGCGCCUGAGUCUGAUGGCAAGUCUAAAACAAGGGAACCGGACCAUGAUAAAGAGAAAGGGCGUGUAUUUCAACAAAAUACAGGAAAGAGCCGUCCAUCGACUGAAUCGAGAAAUGGGAGUCAGAAGACGAGCAAAGUGUCUGAUGGACAGUCUAAUACAAAAAAAAAGGAUCGUGACGCUGAAAUACACAAAAAGUUAAAGAGACUUUUUUCUCCUGAACCAGACACGGAUCAUGAAUCAAAUAUAGUGAACGGACGACAGUUGCAAGAGACAAGGAACAGACACCAGAAAGAGGAUGGUGGUCGACUUGCGAACAUAGAAGAUCGACCAUCAAUUUCUUUCGCACCUGAGAAGCGCGAAUCAAAUUUAGGGGAGGAAACUCAGUAG